AUGGAUGCAGAAGUCUGGAACAUCUCUGGAAUAAGCAGUUCUAAGAUUGUAUUGUGUAAUCUUGCAUUACUCUCUUACAGUGAAAAUGAGGACAAUGAAACUCUUUCAAACAACAAAGCUCAUCGUAGCAUCCCUGUAAUGUACCCCAUCAACAUCAUUGUUAAGGGGUUAGAGACAUCUAGCCAAUACAUUGACUUCAGUUCUAAGCAGCAAGAAAACAAGAACAUGACACACUCCUACCAAGUAACUAACUGGGUCCUGGGGGUGUUCCCACCGCCUAAAGUAUCGGUGUAUGUCAAAGUGCCAACUAAAGUUCCUGCUGGAUUGAUAUGGAAGAUUGAUAAAGUCCUAACUGAGGAUCCUAAUGUGAUUUGCCAGCCUGAUAAAACGAACACAACUGUGAAGAACUAUCCCAAGUUAAUUCAG